CUGACUAGACCAUUCCAGACAUAGCCUAGAGCGUUUCAGAGCACUCUGGAUUACCUUUCGAAUGUAAUUUCACUGGCGGCAAAAGGUGGUAAAGUGUCAGUUUCCCGCUGUGUCACGUUUAAAUAUUUACAUAACUUCACUCAUAUCACUCAUUACGCGCGCGUACUACGACUAUCAUCUUGCUCUUAUUUCUUUUCACACUAGGUUUUUCAUACAUCUUGCCAUCUCGACGGUAUUAUCAUAUAGGACCGAGCGGCAUCGAGUAUGCUUUCGCCUUGGUCACAACUAUUCCCAAUCAGCAGCUUUCACCUAGGAUUCACGACUUUUUCGCCCUCUCCUGCAUCAAUUGACGAGCAUCAUGUCAUCUCAGUCCGUCUCGCAGAUUCUCCUCUUGGGAUACACAAAAUCACGCGCUCGUUGACUCACGAGGUUGUAUGCCCACCACCCACUCUGCAUCCAUCCUCGGACGACCCUCAGCUCGCUUGGCAGGCCAGAUACCCCAAGGGUUCCUGUAGUCCAAAAACGGAAAUCCCUGGUGGAUUUGGAUUUUAUCUCGGUGGGCCCAAAGAAAUUGUGUCCUUGUUGGAAGGCGCAAAAGAAGCAGUUUUUGGAUAUCGGGUGAUGUUUGAGAAGGGUUGGGAGUGGGUCAAAGGAGGGAAAUUGCCAGGAAUAUACGGUGGUAUCGGCGACAUUGCCUAUAGAUGCUCUGGUGGACGGCAGAACGACCGUUGCAAGUGCUUUGAUGUUCGUCUCAUGUGGAGGCGUGGUGGGCAAGGAGAAAUUUACGCCUAUCUACCUAUAAACGAAACAAAUACAAAUGCACUUAUUGCGGUUCCGCCCUGCUCCGAAGCCAACCCUGAUUAUGGGAUAUCAGUCGGAAUCGGCGCAUGGAUCUUUGGGUCAGGUGUCUGGACAACUAUCGCACAACGUGUUCAACUUAAUGAUAUCGGCAGAGCUGAUGGAGAACUCCAGCUCUGGAUUAACGGCGAAUGUGUGAUCCACGCAAAGGGGCUAAUUUUCCGAGAGGACGAGGCAUCCCAUAUCAAGGGCAUGCAUUUUCAGACGUUUUUUGGAGGACAUGGGUCCGAUUGGGCAUCACCCAAAGAUCAACAUGCUUGGUUUUCCGAUGUCUCUGGAGCCGUCAUUCGUUGAUAUAUGUUUUCUGAACGAGUCUCGAGUUAUUUUGCGCUCGUUCAUGCUACGUGUAUCCUCACAAUACAUCUCCAGUGAGGCAUUUAGCCAUACAUCGACUCACCCCCUUUUUUACUUUCUUUCGUUUGAAAUGUUUGUCAUGACACACAUGCAGUACACCUUCCAGUUUAUUUUUGAACGUGCCUUGAUGUACUCCGAUUGACCUCUUGGUAGAUAAUAUAUGUAGGUAUCGCCGGUCAUUCAUUACAACCAUACUACAGCAAGUGAUUUCGACUCGGAGCUUCCCCACCAGGGAAGGUCGUUCGUACAGUAAGCACAUUGUGCAUAUUCACCUUAUGCAAUUGCUUUGCCUCCACAGUGCGACCCAGUAGCAAACAGAGA